GGGAAGCGCACGGGCGGAGAGUUUUACAACUGAAGCUAGUUUAGUAACUUUGGUUCAAACGAGCUAGAAGCACGUUCGCGUUGUGUUUUCGCGCGUGCCGUAGCGGCGGGAGGUGACGUGGUGGUUGACGCUACUACCCCCACGCUUCCGGCGUAAUAUCCCGUGCUCAUUUUAUCCUCAGUUGGUCGUCGUUCCGACGAGUGUGCCGUGCGAUUUUGUAUCCGCUGCGCGACAACGCCGUUCCUAUCUGCCACGCCCCACCGGAGGUGUUAUUUUCUCCCUGCGUUGAGCGUUUGGUUGCUCGGCCGAUAGGAUUCCUGACAUGAUACGCAACGGCAGCUUCUGCGGGCUUCCGGCUUUGGCGGCGAUGGUGAUCGUCCUCGGCUGUCUUGUCAGCCCAGGCAGCCCUGCAAGCCCAGGAGGCCCAGGAGCAGCAGGAGCCCCAGGAGUCCCAGGAGGCCCAGGACAGCCAGGAGGCCCAGGAGGCGACGGAGGUGCCGGGAGCCCAGGAAGCCCAGGAGGUGCAGGAGGCCCAGGAGGCGCCGGGGGCCCAGGAGUCGCCGGUGGCGCAGCAGGCGCCGGCGGCCCAGGAGGCAACGGGGGCGCAGGAGGCACCGGUGGCCCAGGAGGCGCCGGAGGCCCAGGAGGCACCGGAGGACCAGGCAACGGAGGUCCAGGUGGCGACGGAGGUCCAGGAGGUAACGGUGGCCAAGCAGGCGCCGGAGGCCCAGCUGGCGCCCCAGGCCCAGGAGGUGCCGGAGGCCCAGGAAACCCCCCUGGAAGCCCAGGUCGCCCCGGACGCCCAGGAGGCCCAUGAGGCCCCGGGAGGGGAAUAAACGUUUAGCGGGACACCAAAUGCGUAUCUUGCGACCGGGUGCAAGAGCAACAGUUUCAUGUAUCCGGUGGUCUUGCGUUACUUUAGCGAUUUUCUUCUUUUUUUUACUGGACGCAACAAAAAGUCACCCUUCUGGUUACUUUCGCGGUUUUGUUCUUUUCGUGAUGAAGGCAAUGAAACGUCACCCCUCGCGUUACAAUCGCGGUCGCAUUACAAUCGAGUAAAUACGGUAUGUAACUCCCUGUGUACUCCUGGCCAAAAUAUUGUUUUGGAUACUGCCGCUAUUAUCUGCCUUCCAUUUCUGUGGCCAUUAACAUGACCCUUCUCCAUUACGACUCUCCAUGUUGUAUCAGCAGCAUCAAAUGCAUCAUGUGUUUUCCCUCACUCCAAAAUUUUCUAUAUACCAGGUCCUUUUCCAGCUGAUAUGUUACAACUUCUCUGACCCCUUCUUGCAUAGAUCUACCACCGAUCCUCCGCAUCACGUACGUGAGUGUUCUAUUCUCCCUCUGCUGCCUUCCCAGCUCCUGCACAAAUACAUCAAGUUGCCUUACUACUAUAUGCGUAUUCACCUCGUGUUUUUUAUCCCUCUUACUGUUGUCACAGUUCCUAGAUCUGUUUCACCGGAUAGGUUCACGGAGUGACUAUGGGUCCUCAACUCCUCUCGGUCCUGCUAUAUUUCCUAAAAUCAGGUUCUUCUACGCACCUGUUUGUCACCAUUCCUGUAUAGUACGGUGUGAAUAUCUAAAUAUUAGCCUCCGGGAGGUAUCUCACCCAGCUGACCACGAACAUACCUGGUUUCACCUGCCCCGUGAUGCUUUUUGGAGGUAACCAAACUUGUCCUUACUAGCACAAUGUCUGCACCCCUGUCUCUUAAUACUGUAGCCUUCGUUCCUUCUUCUUUACCUUCUACCACUGGCAUAUUUCUCUCUUUACUCUCGACAAUGGCUGCACUUACGACCUCUGACCUUUCCUUUUCUUCAGACCUACGAGCUUCGCGAGUUUCACUAGGGGGUAUAAUCGUUGGCACUUCUCGUGGUCUGCAUUUGCAUUCCUCAGUUUUGAGUCCACUCUUGUUACACCAUUCACAAUAUUUCCGUUGACGUUGGUCAUCAAGUCCCGCACGACAAUGAAUUGCCUGAUGACCGGGACGGUCACAGAGGAAACAUCUCCGCUGUCCCCUGCGCCCAUCCCCAUUUGGGGUUUCUCUCAGCUCAUCUUCCUCUGGAGUGGGAGCAUCUCUAACACCCUUUCCUCAAUUUCUCAAUACCUGCGCCUAUACAAACCGGUCUGUUUGCUCCGCGAUCUACUCCACAGUCUGCAGAUUUCUCUCUUCCAGAAAUAUGACCAAACCAUUGCUACAUCUGGGAAAGAAUUGCUCACCCACAACUUUGCCGUGACCUCCUUCAUAUAUUUUUUAGGGGCGAGGCUCCUUAUAGCGGCACCCGUUCCGUCCCCGUCGUCGUAGUAGUAGUGUGCAACCAGUCUGAGAAAAAUGAGAAAAAAAAUUCCGAAGCUCUGUCCGUAGCGCGGAAUCGAACCAGGGACCCCUCGCUUCCGAGCGCGCGGCGUUAGGUCACUACGCCACGAAGCGGACAUGGACACACGCACGACGAUGGCAAUAAAUACCCAACAUUAACAAAAGGCCGCGUUUCUAGCGCGUUUCUAACGCGUUUGUGCUAGCGCGUUACGGCCCGUGUAAGAAGCUGGUGUAAGACGCUAUGGCCUCUCCGCCUUACCUUCAACGCGUUUCGAACGCGCUGCCCAAAGCGGUGGCAAGUCAAGUUCAAGUCGAGGAGCGUUUAUGAAUACGGGGGGUAUACUGUCUCAGCAGUCAUGUGAUGGCGUCGGCAAACGCGGUGCACGUUCCGGCAUGUGUAAAUGGCUGCGUAAGACGCUGUGGCCGCUCCCCCUUACUAGAGAGUACUGCACGUUUCUAACGCAUUUGUGCUAGCGUCCCCUUAAGCGGGAGAUCCGAUGAUUCCCUCCGGAGCUUCGCCCACUCAUCAUAAUUCACCCCGUGGAUAUGCUGUGAUUUUUUUUUCAGUUUCGGACAGCUCUAUCCACCUCUCAAAAUAGUUUGUUAGACGGCAUGCGAACUGCUUUCCCAUUUCUGAAUCUUCUGUCUUGCACAGUCUGAACUUUCCCGAAAGCCUUCAGCAGUCAACUUGAACCUCUGCAAUAAAGUUUUUUUGUACUUUGUCAUAGUCUAAUGAUUCUUCUGCUGGCAUCCAGCCAAACACCCUCAGAGCCUCCCUUACAAAACACAGGCUAAGUGCGCUGGCCCACUUGCUCUUCUCCCAACCUUGCCUGACUGCGAUCCUCUCAAACCGAUGCAAAUACGCAUCUAGGU